AUGUCUUCGCUUAACGACGUGUUGGAGCUAGCAGAAAGAAUAGGAUACAUUACUGAGCCAGCUCCGUUUUCAAAGAAAGUAACGACUUCUAUACAAUUUGUCGAUUUAUUGGAUGAAUUGCUUUCUCUUCGCGUUCAAAGCGAAAAGAUUAAAGAAAUACUAACAAAACUCAAAGAUUCCGAACAAAGUUUUGAUUUGGUUAAAGAAUCUGAAAUUGAAAGAAAAAUUUCAACACUAUCCGGUUUUAGUAAACACGUUGAAUCUAUCAUGUCAAAUAAACAAGUUCUUUUAAUGAGACUUAAAGACCCUUUUGUUGGUGAACAUAUAAAUCUUGAGCCAGAAUACCACAAAGAUUUCUCGGAAUUAUUCCCGGCAAUUACACAAAGUAUUGCUUUGUUACCACAUGAUUUAAGGAAUUUGGAGUGGUUCGGAAAUAAUACAGUUACCGACAAAAUUAUAGAUUCACAAAUUGGGGAAAUAUCGUCCUUAAUUGCAAUGUACGGUAAUUAUUCCGACAGCCUAGAUCGUGUUAGAAAAGUCUUGAAAGACAUGCAAGACGUUUGUAAAGCAAAGGCAACUGUAGAUAAAUUUCAAUUUUAA